CUUCUUGCAAGCAACCUUCUACCCAACGCCUGCUGCUCUCCCUACUUUCCGACAUGGCUGCCUGUUCCAGAUGCUCAGAGGCUGCUGUGCUCGCCCGCCUAGUGAGGCCGAAUCGAACUGUUCUGCAACCACCCGCAUGUUGCCACUUGUUGCCAGCACGUCGUUGCGUCUCGGCUCGAAAUCCAGCCGCUUGUUCCUCCUGCCGCUCAAGCGCGCAACGCGGCGCGGUGCUGUUGUCCCACUUGGCGGCGUCGCGAGCGAGGGAGGCGGCGCGACGCAGCACACGCGUGUGGUCGGUGCCGGGUGGCGGCGCGGUGCGUCUAGCGGCAUCAGCGGACGGUUAUUCCCGGGGAACGACGGAGACGAAGGAGAAGCGCCAUGUGCCUCCCUCCCAGGGCUCCCAGUACAGUGAUGAGUCAGAGGGCAGCAGCAGUGAGGGCGAGGGGGCGGGUGACGGCAAUCUGGAGGGUCUCAUAGGCGCUGCGCUCGCCGCCGCCCAUGCCUCGUGCUGCAACGACAUGGACCGCCUGCGAUCCCAACCCGACGUGGAGGCCGUGCAUGACCUCAGGGUGACCGUGCGCCGCCUGCGAUCCACACUCUCCAUCUUCGCCCCCUUCAUCCAGGUGCCUGAUGCCCUCAGGCCGCGCGCACUGGGGAAGCUGCUGCGCUCACUGGGGGCAGUCAGAGAUGCUGACGUCAUGCUGGAGACGCUGGCAGCGGUGCAGCAGGGCGUGGGGGCGUGCGGCAUGGAGGCGGGGGGGGGCGAGCAGCACGCGGUGUGGCGCUUUGAGCAGGGCGUGAGGAAGCGGCAGCGCCAGCUGCUGCACGACGCGCUGCACGCCACGGGCGCCAAGGGCGCCGCGCGCAUCAUGCACGCGCUCAAGCGGAGUGUGGGGCGGGUGAAGCCCCUGUCGCCAGCUGCCGCCGUGGUGCUGCAGCAGCAUCUCUCCCGCACCGCGCCCUCCCUGCUCACCCCCCACAUUGCUUCUGCUCUGCUGCACCACGCCUGGUCCAUUGAUGAUCUGGUGACGUGGGAGGAUGAACCGGAAGCACCACAUAAGCAGCAGCAGGGAAGCAGCAGUGGCAAUAGUGGCGGUGGUGUGGGGUACAGCGUGGUGUACCGCCAUGGGGUCAUGGACCACAUGCACGCUCUGCGCAAGCUGCUCAGAGAGCUGCGCUACCGCAUGGACCUAAUGGAGGGCGCAUACAUGGUGGGCGGUAGUUUCCCGGCGGCGCUGCAGCGCGUGAAGCGGCUGCAGAGCAUUCUGGGCGAGCAGCAGGACCUGCACGUGCUGGCGGACGCGCUCCUGCCGCACGCCGCCCACAUGCCCGCCACCAUGCUCGCCCUGCACGCCCAACAACUGCAGGUGUGGGAGGAGUGGCUGGGUGCACGGGAGACUGUGUGUGGGGUGAAAGAGAGUCGCCAGCUCUACAAAGCUGUGCUCAAGCCAACACCCAAGCGCACAUAUAUCCCCUCACUCGCCUACUCUCUUGACCUCUCUCUCACGCCCCCGCCAUCCUCCUCUCACUCUGCCGCCCCUGACCUCCCAUCUCCCCCCACCACGACGCUGAGCCCCUCCUCGGUAGAUGCCCCACCAACCUCCCUCCCUCAUGCACCCACCUCCCCACCACCACUCUCCUCCCCACUGCCGUCUGGCACCUCACCCACACCCCCCGCUGCUGCCGCCCCUUCAGCCUCCCACUCAAAUCUCGUUGCAGCCGCAGCCGUGGCGCCAGCAGCUGGAGCAGCAGCAGAAACAACGGCAGAAACAGUUUCAGGAGAGAAAGUGGAGGUUGUUGGGGCAGAGGGGGGUGGGAGGCGGAGGAGACGUGUGCGUUCUGUGAAGACUACCAGUCAGCCGGGCGAGGGGGAAGUGGAAAGGGGUUGAUGUGGGAGCGCGCAAUGUGCGAAGGAGCUAGGGUGGUGAAUGGUCUUGGUCCUGGAAUUGUAGGGUGGGUAGGGAAGGGGAAGCUGGACGAAUAGGUAAUAGCCACUCACUCAUACUAAGAACAAGCCAAGCAGCAAAUUACUGUAAGCGGCACUGGGCCCGCGAGCUAGUUGCCAAAAGUAAUGCCGACCAAAGAAAUAUCGGCAGGAUGUGGAUGGACAAACAGGAAGAGGGGACUGUGCCGAGGGUUCACCCAAUGGGGUCUCUUAUGUCAACUUAUACAUAUAUUGUAUAUGGAGCAGUUAUAGGCUAGAAGGGUUCGUGAUCUUAGAGAAUACAACAUCCAACCAGUUCCCUUGCAUCCCUUGUUCU